AAGUGACAGAGGAGUUCAAAGUUUUGGAGUUCCAAUUUCAUCAGUUGAGACCAAACAUCGUUGAUGCUAGGAACAAUCAUCAUAACAAUAACAAAAUGGAAAUCGGAGGCAGAAGAUUGAAAAACGUAGAAACAAUGGCCGUGGAAUCCGUUACACAAUCAGCACCUCCGCCUAGAUCAAAACCAAGCAACGCUUUCAUGGAAAACCCCAAAAUACCCAUAGCAGUUUCUCUUCUCAUUGCCGAUUCAAUCCUCAUCUUCCUCAUCAUCGCAUUUGUCCCCUAUACAAAAAUAGAUUGGGAUGCUUACAUGUCACAGGUUGAAGGGUUUCUAGGAGGUGAGAGAGAUUACCGUAAUCUAAAGGGUGAUACUGGUCCUCUUGUUUACCCUGCUGGUUUUCUCUAUAUUUACUCUGCAUUUCUGUAUCUUACUGGAGGACAGGUUUACCCUGCUCAGAUUUUGUUUGGAGUUUUGUAUAUCAUUAAUCUUGCAAUCGUUAUAUACAUCUAUGUCAAAACUGAUGUGCUACCGUGGUGGGCUCUUUGCUUACUUUCUCUGUCAAAACGAGUGCAUUCUAUCUUUGUCCUCCGUCUCUUUAAUGAUUGUGUGGCCAUGACACUUCUUCAUGCUGCAUUGCUCUUCCUCAUGCACCGAAGGUGGAAUCUAGGUUUGAUUGUGUUUAGCGUGGCUGUUUCGGUUAAGAUGAAUGUUCUUCUUUAUGCUCCGCCUUUACUGCUGCUCAUGCUAAAGGCUAUGGAUAUCAGUGGUGUGUUAUUGGCUUUAGCUGGUGCAGCACUGGUUCAGAUAUUAUUGGGGCUUCCUUUCCUGGUUUCACAUCCAGUUGCAUACAUAUCAGGAGCCUUCAAUCUUGGCCGCGUCUUCAUCCAUUUCUGGUCUGUUAACUUCAAAUUCAUCCCUGAACCAGUAUUUGUAUCCAAGGGAUUUGCAAUCUUUUUGUUGGCUGCUCACCUUAUAGCACUUGCUUCAUUUGCACAUUAUAGAUGGUGCAAACAUGAAGGAGGGCUUCUAAAGUUUCUGCAUUCAAGAUAUGUCUUUAUGAGAAUGAAGUUUGCACUUUUCUUCUCCUCCUCUUUUCAGAAGUUUGGCAAGAGCACUUCAACAUCCAUCAAGAUCCUCACUAAAGAACAUAUCGUGACUACUAUGUUUGUUGGAAACUUCAUUGGCAUUGUAUGCGCUCGGUCAUUGCAUUAUCAAUUCUAUUCAUGGUACUUCUAUACCUUACCAUACUUGUUGUGGAGAACACGCUACCCAACAUUGGUCCGAUUAAUUUUGUUCCUGGGAGUGGAGCUGUGCUGGAAUAUCUAUCCUUCAAACAACAUUUCAUCAGCUUUACUUCUCUGCCUUCACUUAAUUAUUCUCUGGGGUUUGUGGUCUGCUCCACCAGAGUAUCCUUAUGCAGAAAAAGAACCAUCAUCCCACAAAAACAAAUAGAAAGUUCAAAGGUUCCUCUCCCUCUAUUCUGUGGAGGCAUUGAAUGGCCUGUGCAAGUGAUUUCCCUUUUGAUGUAAAUGUCUGUUUCUAGUGUAUCUGGAAGCUUCUAAGAAUUACUAUUUUCCUAACUGGGUUGUAAAACAGAAUUUAGGAUCACCAAUCGGUUUAGAUCGCAGUGGCCACAUUUUGAUAAGUUUGUUUUAUUUUCACUUUCAUUUAUAUAUUCGAAAAAACUGUACUUAGUAAUUAUGCUUUAAGGCUGAAUGUAUCUUGAUAGCAUAAAUGAGUUUUUGUCAAGAAGUUGAUUGUUUCAACUUUCAA